GAUCAAGAGCGGAGUGGGGAGAGGAAGGAGGAAUGUCAUGAGAGCAUCAGAAGCCUGCCAGUCUGCCAGCCCUGCCCUCUGGGAUACCCACGUCGCCCCUCUCCACUGAUAAAGAAGCACCAGAGUAGUGCGGUCCUGCGGAGUGGAGGAGAGCUAAUUCAAUCAAAGAUCCCGGUCUCUGCUAAUGAUCUCCGAGCGCCAGCCUGUCAGAGACAGAUCAGAUCCUUGAGCCAGCACUCAUUCAGGAAUUCAUCUGUCCUGUUUUAAGAAAACGUGUUGGUUGUUUUUUUUUUUUUUUGGUUUUAUUUUUUUUAUGAAGUCAUGCAAGGAAGUGCGCACGUGACAAGCUGAUGUUUUUUUUGUGCGGUUUGGAAGUUGUCGAUGGAAUGCAGGCUUGCUGGUUGAGAUUUUUAAAAUUCCAAACUACAUUUUGAGAGCAAAGCAAGCAUGAGCGUGGCGCAGCGCUGGGCAACCGGGAGUUCAAGAAGACUUCGAUCUGAUGGAGGGGAAGACAGUCAGCCGGCGAAUAACGCUCCCCUCGAGCUGGGAAGAGGAUGCACUGCCAGUUCAAGCCUCAGCGUCUGCUGACUGCGUUUGACACCGAACGUGCUUCCCAGCAUCAGACACCUUGCUUGGUGCUCUGAGGUCGACUUGAAGUCAAAAUCCCUCUGAAAAUACAUGAACACGAUACUUUGAGGUGUUAAUAAGUGUGCAUCAGAAACUUGUAGUUAAACGAUGCCAUGCAAAGCUGAUCGGAAGAAGUCUUGCCUUGUAACUGAUUGAGAUGCCUUGACCAGGAUGGAUUUUGUUGUAUGUAAACUUCAGUGCAUUGAAGAAACUCUACUUGUGUGUGCAAUACUUUAUGUAUCAAAAAGAAAGUCAACCCAAGUCUUCUUGUUUAGCAUGGGUGUGCCAGCAUAUCCACUCUAUAUAUGCUUGCUGGAUGGAUGUAGAUGAGUUCUAUGCUUUGCAGCAAAGUGUUUUAAAAUCUGUUCAUUUGUCAAAAGGUUCUUAACCAAAAUCCUCAACAAGUAGUGGGGAUCCUACCUGGAGCUGCCCAGCUCCCCCGUACCGCCACCCACCAGCCUGUCCUUUGCUUCUUCCUCUGUGCCCUGUGGGUGAGUGCCGGCCAGACGGAUGACUGCAUGUGCCACAAUGAGCCAGCAGGGGGACUCAGAUGCGGAGAGCUCCCAGCCGCUGGUUUACACCCUGGAAGAGCUGGAGUGCAAGAUCUGCUACAAUCGCUACAACACGCGCAACCGCAAGCCCAAAGUGCUCAGCUGCCUGCACCGUAUCUGCACCAAAUGCCUCAAGAAGAUCGUGGACGUGGGCGACUCCUCGCCCAGCAUCAUCAGUUGCCCGUUCUGUCGCCACGAGACCCACGUGCCAGACGAGGAGGUGUGGCUCCUCGAGGAUGACAGCAACAUACUGGCCAUCCUCACCUACCAGGACAGGGUGCGGCAGGGCGGGGCGGACGGGGCCCCAGCAGAGGUGGUGCUGACCCCCAGCAGCCUGAGUGGAGGAGGAGGAGGAGGGGGAGGGGGCGAGCAGUCCCACAGCUCCUCCGACUGCCUGGUCAUCACCAUCAUGGAGGUGCCGGGAGAGGAGUCUCCCCCUGCGGAGACCGUGAGCAUGCUGAACAUGGUGCGGCUCUACCGGCCGCCCAGCCUGGACUCGCUGCCCUGCCAUCUGCCCGGGCACAAGUGCCGCUCCUGGACCUCCAGGACAUUCCCUCGCUGCAUCAUCGGCUUCCUGUGCCUCGUCUACUUCAGCUCCCUGCCCCUGGGCAUUUACCUGCUCAUGAUCCAGCACCUCAUCCUGGGGGUCAUCCUGGUCAGCCUGGUGCCCUCCACCCUGGUCCUCUGCGUCUUCUACGGGUUCUGCCAGUGCCUGUGCCACGAAAUCACAGAGUCCAUUGCCACAUGACCCCUGACCCCCCCCACAUACACACAUACACACACACACACACACACACACACACACACACACACCCCUCCCCUUCUCCUUCUGUCUCUUCACCGGUAACUGGAGUCAAGAGGGGCAAGGCUGGAUUGCGCUGGACUGAGCUAGCAGUCGUUAUCACCCUAUCUGCUUUGGUUACUAGCACUAUCGGAGGAUGCUGCUGUCCUGUGAAAGCAAAGGCAGUCGUUUAACUUUGCUGUUUGUUUUACAUCCUGCACUGUGAAUUCCCCAGUCAUCUCGGGACAAACGAUUAUCACAGUAUGUGAAUUUUAUAUACAUAUAUAAAAUGAAAAGUUUUUUUUGUAUGUACACUAAAGGACUAAAGGAUGAUUACAAAAUCAGAAGUCCUUCAGCUGAAUGGACAGGUCUGGAGUAGCUCUUAGAGCCGCAGUACUGUUAGCAAUUCACUAGAGAAAACCCAUAAGCAGAUCUUCAUGCUUCCUGUCUGUUUCUCAAACACUGAGGUGUUUUGCCCCCAUCUUUACAGGGGCAGGGAUACUGAAGAUGAGUAUUGACUCAGAAAGAGGAAGCAGGCUGGCAGGAGGCUAGCUCAGGGACUGAGCGGCUGACCAGGGCUGGGGUCAGUGCACUGUUUCCCUACAGGCUGCAUCCACCUCGCUGUCCAUGUGUGGGAGGCAGUGGGUUUGAGUGGCUCAGUGGUGGUUAGAGCACCAGAACCACUAUGAAACAUGCGUUAAGCUUUAGGAUCUUUCUUACCCUUUCACAAAACAAAAGAGCUAAGAUCCAGUGUAUUACUUCUCACUGUAUUCCAUUAAGAGUUCUUAUUAUAGCCGCUGUGAGCUGCUCUGGAUAUUCUGUAGCUCACAUGCAUCAGCUUGUUAGCCUAUUCAAUCAGUACUGUCUGCAGAAACUGUUCAAAUUUUUCUAUCGGCCAGUGGGGGGUGAUAAAGAGGUAUGAGACACAAAGGAAAGCUGAUUUCUUGUUGAUGUUUUUGUCUCGAUGUAUGUGAUGUAUACCAAAAAAUGACAAUAAAAAAGUGAAUAUUUCUCUACA